AUGUCUCUCCUGAUUAGAGACAAGGACAUUGUCAAGGACAGUGUCAAAUGCCUUGCACAAGCCCAGGAUACCACCUUGAGGCAUGAUGCCUUUAUUUAGUCACUGGAAAAGGACAGAGACUGCCAUAAAUGUGAGACUGAGAAUUUGUUGUAGGCAUUAGGAAACACAUUCUCAAGUCCUAAGUAUAUCUCUACUUGUGCAGCAUAAAAAAAAUCAUCCAUCCAGGGAGUGGUUUCUGAUCCAGAAGUCUUGAAAAUAUUGAGAGAAUGUGAAAAACUUGAGUCAACAUGGAAAAUAAAUGAAUGUCAUGGCAGAAAUUCAUUAGCUAAACUUUUAACAGCUGAGAGAGACAAAAUUCUCAGUGUUUAUGAACAGGCACAGGAGGAGAUUUCCCAGCUUUGUCAGGAAGUUACAAAAUCCCCCAGGACUCCUAAAAGCAUCACUCCUGUGACAUCUCAAGCUGUAUUAAGACACAUGGAGCCAGAAAGGAAUACAGCCCUGUCAGAUUGCCAAAGGAUGCCUACAGAACAUGAUAGCCUCAGGGAGCAGUUACAGAUUUCCCAAGAAACUCCUUUUAAUGAAAGGGCUCAUUUGGAACAGAGAAUUGAAGAGCUUUAAACUACUAUUCACAAUUUAGAUAGUGAACAGUUAGAACAGAUGCCUGAAGUGGCACUGAUGAAAGACACCAUUGAUUCUCUGGGAACCGAGAUGAAAAGAUUGACAAGAAAAGUACUGGAUUCUGAAACUGUGAGUUGACAGGAAGCUGAAUAUGCUUCUCUUAGUUUAUUGAAUGAAAAGACAGAACUUAGUGUUUAAGAGAUUCAGUGAAGACUUGUGAAGAAAAAAAUUGAAAUGCAACUUAGCCAAGAGAAAAUGAUGCAUAGCAAGUGUGAAUCAAACCAUUCUGAAACAGAACUGCUGAGAAAACAACUGGGAAAUGAAAAAGCAUCUAUGAAAAACCUGGAAUCUUCUCUUGUGUCCAAUUGUGAGAAGGAAUUUCAGUCACAGAGAGCAAACCAAGGGAAAGUCUCUGAAAUUCAGGUUCACAAGGAACAGCUUGCUUUAGUAGAAAAUAAUCUAUGAAGUGCUGUGCAGAAUCAAGAUUUUACUCACCUCAGAAACAGAGCAGCUCAGUUAGAGUCAGAGCUGGAUAUCACCAAAACACAGCUGGGGACUGAGCACUCUGAUAGGCAAGUAUAUGUUUUUGUAUUGUGCUUCCUGCAGCUAAUUGGGGUGAAAUGCAGUAUAGUACUCAGACUUAGGCUAAUUAGUCAGAUAAACAACAAAGUUUUGGUUUACACUGCUCUACAUCUCCUAUGUGUUCAGAGACUAUUCAUGUCACUAAAAUUAGUCUGUUAAGCUGUUACACAUGCUGUCUAAAUUAGUUAUGUAGGUUGCAUGUGUAGCCAACAGAAUGAGACAGUGAGAUUACCCUCUGGAAUAGCCUGGUUUAGGAUGAGGCAGGUCACUUUCCAUUUCUCUUCACUCAUAUAUACUGAUGCCUGCCUUGAUUUAUAGUGAAAAUCCAGGUGAAUAGUCAUUUAUACAGGUGCUCUAUAUCCUACUAGUUCUCUGCACCUCUGGAAUGAU